AUGUCUAAUCUGAGACUCUCACCUGAACGUUCUUCCUUUUCCCUUUCAGCUCACACUACGGCAAACGCCUUUUUUCUAAUGCGCAGGCCAAUAGCAACGCCAGCGCCUAACCUUCUCACAGCAAAUGCACAUGACUUGUGGUGCCCAUAUUCCAUUCCGCAGCCAAGUCACAGUCACCACGCCAAGUCCCUGAGUAAGCUGGAGGGGAAAAAGAACAAGAAGCAAGAAAGACGAGAGAGAAGGAAGAAACGCCAUGACGAGCGGCGCGUGGUAAGUAGAGAAGUGGGGAAAGGGUCUAGAUGGGGGCCGGACGGUCCGUUUCUGCCUCUCGGCUUGUAG